AUGUUUGAUCCCAGUUUUUCAUUCGAGGACGCGGUGGCAACAACUGCUCUCUGUACUGAGUCAGAGCUCUCAGCCACCGUUGCCUGUAAUCGACAGUUGGUUGACACUCUAAUUGAAAAGUAUCGCACUGAGAAGGGAGCAAGUCUGGACGUGGAUUUUGAAUCUUUGAAGCCCGUGGUUCCAAGGAUUCGAGAUGAACGCGAUCGAAGAACUCGAUUCACUGGUAACUCGUUACACAUCUAUCUUGGUGCUCUAUCUACAGAUGUUGUGCGAGAGAAGAAGAUUGGUCAUGUCAAAACGAAACCUGAUGCCGACAAGUAUGUGUUCAAUCACGCGGUCGACAAGUAUCGUGAAGUGUCCUCGUUUAUGGAACUCAAAUUGGCAAAACCUUUGCUGAAGGCCUUGACUGAAAUGUCAAUGGAAAAGCCAAUGCCCAUUCAGUGUGCGUGCAUUCCAGUCGCCCUGCUUAAUCAUGAUAUAUGCGCAUGCGCCCGAACUGGUUCGGGCAAGACGUUUGCUUUUCUUCUCCCUAUCCUAGAGCGAUUAACCAAAAAGCCUUCUGGCACGCGUUCCAUAACCCGCGCUUUGGUAAUCAGUCCGACCAGAGAAUUGGCUGUGCAGAUAUUCAGAGUAGCCGAAAAACUGGUCAGCUAUUGUCCCAAGAUCCGAAUUCAGCUGGCAGCAGGUGGCCUUGAUUUACACACACAAGAAGCUUCGCUCAGGUUGAAUCCAGACCUUGUUAUAGCUACUCCAGGCCGGUUAAUCGAUCACUUAUCGAAUGCACCAAACUUCAACCUACAACAGAUAGAAUACUUGGUUCUGGACGAGGCAGACAAGGAGUCAUACCCUUCGCACAAUAUCAGACUCUUAGAUGAAUACUUCGUUGAACAGAUCAGCGAAAUUGUCAAACACUGCGGGAGACAGAGGCAGACACUUCUUUUCUCUGCCACAAUGACGGAGAGUGUAAAAGAACUGGCCACGCUUUCACUAAAAAAUCCGGUUCAAGUCUUCCUCAACCAAACAAAUGCGGUCGCAAAGCGUCUGCAACAAGAGUUCAUCCGCAUUCGACCACAUCGUGAGGAGGAUAGAGCAGCCAUUUUGGUUGCUCUGCUCGUCCGCACCUUCAGCAAGCGCACAAUCGUGUUUUUACCAACGAAGAAAGAGUGCCACCGAAUGCAUAUUCUGCUUAGCCUUAUCGGUCACUCUUGUUCAGAGCUUCAUGGAGACAUGACUCAAGCUCAGCGUCUCGAAGCUCUGCGCCGCUUUUCUGAAUCAGCGGACAGUCAUCCUGCCGAGUCAACAUCAGGAAACACCACCUCUACAAAACCCGCUGAAGAUGUACCCAAACCCCAGGUUGAUAUCUUACUUGCAACCGACUUGGCUGCACGUGGUCUCGAUAUACCCAAUGUACAGACAAUUAUUAACUACAACCUCCCCCAGACCAUGAAACAGUACGUCCAUCGAGUUGGUCGAACAGCUCGUGCUGCGAAUACAGGCCGUGCUGUCUCCCUGGUUGGAGAAAACGACCGUAAACUGCUGAAACAAAUCAUCAAGGAAGCGCCAUAUCCCGUCCAAGCUCGAGUUAUUCCCCCAGAGGUCAUCAGUCGUUUUCGCGAAAAGCUUGAAAAACUACAAGGAACGGUCGAGGAAAUCUUAGCUGCCGAGGCAGAGGAACGAGAACUGCGAGCUGCACAGAUACAGUUGGAUAAGACCGAAAAGCUGCUGACCGAAGGUUCUCAAUCCAAGAGUGAUGUGCCGAAGCGUAAGCGAGUGGACUGGUUCGUCGAAAGGAAAAGGCAACAGAAGCUAGAGGCGCGAAACGCGAAGAAAGCUAAAUUAUCCCGAAAAAAGCAGAAACAGAACUCUAGUGAUUCGGAAUGAGUUGGAAUUUGUACAUUAACUGAGAAAAUAUACACUACUACACACAUGCUCAUAC